CCCGGUGCCGCGGGCGGGGGGCCGGGUCUGUCUGUCUCCUCCCUCCGCGGGCGGACCGGGAUCGCCACGCUCGCCCGCACCGGGACGCAUCGCGACUUCCCAUCCGCGCUCCCGGCCUUCGGGCACCGGGCACCGGGCGGGCUCCCCGGAGAGGCGUUCCCGGGGCGGUCCGGCGGCUCGUUCCGGUGCGGCGGCGGCGGCUCUUCCGGCGGGGCCCGGCCCGGCUAUGCCGCCCUUCGGCUCGGGGCUGCUGGUGCUCACGGCGCCGUUGGCCGCGCUGCCCCGGCGGGCGGCGGCGGCGGUGGCGGCGGCGGCGCGGGUGGUGGCGGGGCCGCUGUACGUUCACCUGCAGCCGGGGCUGCGCUUGGCCGCCCCCGCCGAGCCGCUCCCCGCCGCGCCGCCCGCCUGCCCCGCGCUGCUCCGGGCUCUGGCCGCGCUGUACGCGGCGGCGGCGGCUCAGCGGGACCUGGACCUGCGCGUCCUGCUGGGCCCCGGCUGCCGCCGCCUGUCCCGGCCCCCCCGCGUCCUGCUGGCCGCCGCCGCCGAGGCACCGGGGCCACCGGGGCCGGUGCAGCUCGGUCUGCAGCACUUGGCCGCCGCCGCCUACGGCUGCCCCCCGCACCUGCCCGCCGUGCUGCUGGGGGACCCCGGGGACGGCAGGGGGGACCCCGAGGAGGACGCCCAGGACACCGGUGCGGCGCUGCCUGACUUCUCCGACGUGGUGGUCGGUGGGACCUUCGACCGGCUCCAUGGCGCUCACCGCCUGCUGCUCAGCGCCUGCUGUCUCCUGGCCCGGCAGCGGCUCCUGGCCGGGGUGUCCGACGGCGACCUGCUCCGCCACAAGGUCCUGAUGGAGCUGAUCGAGCCAUACGAGCUUCGAGCAGCGAAGCUGCGUGAGUUCCUGGAGGACGUGAAGCCCUCGCUGCGUUACGACAUCGUGCCUCUUGUUGACCCCUACGGCCCCGCCAUCACAGACCCCAACCUGCAGUGCUUGGUGGUCAGCGAGGAGACCCGCAAGGGAGGGGAGGCCGUGAACAAGAAGAGACUUGAAAAUGGGCUCCCUGAGCUGGCUCUCUACGAGAUCCUCUUGGUGAAGGACCCCGAGCACAGUCAGAACGAGGAGGAGAAGAUCAGCUCCUCCAGCCUGCGGCAGAGGCUGCUGGGGACACUGCUGCGGCCCCCGCGGCAAAACCCGGCCUUGCCUUCACGCCCAUACGUGAUCGGCCUAACCGGAGGAACCGGGAGCGGGAAAACCUCCAUCGCCAAACUCCUGGGGCGCCUGGGAGCGUUCCUCAUCGACGCCGACAAGCUGGGCCAUGCCGUCUACGUCCCCGGCGGCCCUGCCUAUGAGCGGGUGGUGGCAACGUUUGGGGCAGCUCCCGUGAACUGGCUGGUGUGGAAGGUGAAACUGGGCUCCUGUUGGUCUAGGAAAAGCUCUUCCCUGUCCUUUUCUGGAGGUGAAGAGCUGCCAGAAAUCUUAAAUGAAGACGGGACAAUUAACAGGAAAGUCCUUGGGGCCAAAGUGUUUGGAAACCAGGAGCGGCUGAAGAGUCUCACGGACAUUGUGUGGCCCGAGAUCGCCCGCAUGGUCAAGGAGCAGAUUGGGGAGGCAGGUGCUCAAGCUGGGCCAGGUUCCCUCAGACUUCGCCCCCUGAGGAGGAUGGAGGUUGCUUUUUCUUUCCUAAGUGACUUCAGUUUGGUGUCGUGCUGCAGCGGAAAAGCCGUGUGCGUGCUGGAUGCGGCCGUGCUGCUGGAGGCUGGCUGGCAAGACAUGGUCCACGAGGUGUGGACGGCCAUCAUCCCCGAGGAGGAGGCGGUGAAGCGCAUCAUGGCCCGGGACGGGCUGAGCGAGGAGGCCGCUCGCAGCCGGCUGCGGAGCCAGAUGAGCAACAGCCGGAGGGUGGAGCAGUCGCAGGUGGUGCUGUGCACGCUCUGGGAGCCCGAGGUCACCCGCAAACAGGUGGAGAAGGCCUGGGCCCUCCUGCAGCAGCGCCUGAGCCGUGACAGGGACGCGCUCCUCUGAGCACCGCGCACCGACCCGACGGACCGCACAGCGCAGCACGGGGCCGAGGGGCCGUGUGCUGGCGUCACCGAGCCGGCGGGCGGGGAGGAGCGCGGGGCGGGGACCCGGCCCGCCCGCCGGCCCAGCGGAGGGGCUGGGGCGUCCCGCUGCCCCCUGGUGGCGGGGGGGACACCGCGGCGGCUCCUUGGACCAAAGGGCUGAGCCUGCGCCGGUGCCUGGACCGCUCCUGCGGCAGUAAAGAGGUUUCUCUCUC